GUUAUUUGUGAAGCCUGUAUACGGGCUAAUAUUCGUAUUGAAGAUGUUGGUCAACGUGCUCAGGGAUGUUUUUGUGGGACUCCAAGAGGAGAACGAUGGCGUAAUUGGUGUUCCCCACCCUUCAGAAAUGCUCCAGGCGACAACACCGCCUUUCCAGAUAACAUCACUUUCAAUCAUCGGCGUAUGUUUUUCCAUUCUUUUGACAACGCUGAAGAUAAUCCUGUGGACCAAUUCUUAGACUACCUACUUAAUCACGUUUCACAACAUAUGCUUACUAUCUGCAUAGCUCAUA